AUGACAACGGAUGAUACAUGGCAAUUAUCUUCAUUAAAUAAUCAUAGUAAUUCGAAUCAGUAUCAUACAAUGUACAAUAAUCAAUUGGAAUAUCAAUCAUCAACAUCAUCAAAUAUUUCACCAACAUAUCUGAUCGAUCCAAAUCGUUUUUUAUUUACAAAUAAUCAACCGUCUGAUGGAUAUUUUAUUCAAUCAAUGGAUGAUAUAACAGAUUCAUAUCAAUAUUCCCAUCCAAUGUAUACUGAAGCAAAUAUAGAUACUUCAUCAUCAUCAACAUGGAAUUUCGAAACAACAAAAAUACCUGAUCAUAAUAAUUCAAACAUUAAAGUUCAACAUUCUUAUGAACUUCCAUUAAUUGAUAUAACAAAAUCAAAUCGACAAGAUUGUAUGGUACAAACAAAAACUACAUCACAGCCGGUGCUAAUACCAAUAAAUCAUUUACUUGAACAAUUGACUCAUGAUCUUACUCAUAAUCAAUUAUCAACAUCAUCAGCAUAUGAAAAUCUUCUUCAUUUACUUGAUCUACCAUCAAUUAUUUCAAUUAAUUUUGAUUAUUAUUCUCUAUAUAUGAAUGCAAUUCAUAUCUGGAGACAACAGUUCAGUCAAUAUUCUUCAGAAUUAUUUACAAAUAUAUUAUUCAAUAAUAAAUUUGCUGUGAUUCUUUUUCUUUUCUAUUCAAUUAUGUUCAUAAAAGAAAAUGAAUCAAUAACUAAUAUUAAUUUUCAUAAACUUAUUAAUAUUCUACAACAAGAAAUCAAUCAUAUAACUGGUAUCGAUUAUCGAUUCGCUUGUCGAAUUAAAGCUUUAUUUAUGAAAUGUUAUAUUACACUUGCUCAAUAUUAUCCAAAUAGUAAUUAUAACUCUUAA